AUGAAAACCUACCGGAAAUCGGUAGCCACGGUGCUACCAUUGUUGAUUCACUUGCUAACGUUACGAAUCGGUGACGCCGUACGCAAUGACACGAACGUCGAAGUUGAUCCCAAAAUUAUUCUGGAGGAAGUGAUUAUCACCGGGAAUGGCAAUGAUACUCGCGUAAUAGCGAACGCGGUGGCGGAAGAUGCCUCGACGAUCAGCGACCAGAUACUCUCGCUUUUAGCGAAGCGCGAGAAACGACAAACCGGACACUCGAAGGAGACGUCGUCGAAUUUGGAUCAGGACGCGGCGCAAUCGCGCAUCGCCGACGUGAAUGAGGAGGACGUGGAAAGGCUGAAGCGCGUGAUCGCGAAAUACGAGCCGCAGAGGAUCACAUCGAGAAAAACCAAGAGGAAAAUUGUCAACGGUGCUCACGAUGUACCACAAGGCAAGCCGACGGGGUCAACGACGAAUCUCGAGAGGACUUAUGACGAAGUGCUGCGAAACAUAUCGCGAAGGGCGCCCGAAUUGACGUCUAGCAACGUUGACGCGACAUUGAAUCCUUAUUUGUCUCAGGCGAGAAAGAAUCUGAGAGAAGUUUACGCGCCGAAAGCAAGACUCCUUCCUGCGAAUGACGACGAAGCGGAAAAGUCACGUCCCGAUAUUGACUCUUCGCAUACACCGCCUAUCCUAAGAGACAAAAAGAGCAAGAAAUUACUUAAAAAGUAUUCGCAACUAAAUCGCACCGUUACAACUCCUCAGAGUUCAUCGGACGAGGAGUCAAGGCUCAACGAAGAAAAUUCUGACGAAUCAAGCACUCCCGAAAGAUAUUUCAAAGUUUCCAAUAGAAAGACGAAGCCGAAAAAUGAAUCGCUGUCCAUCGAAUCGUCAUCAAAUAUUUAUUCCGAGAAGCCAACCGAAGAGCCUGAAGGCGAACGGAACGUUCAAAAUUCUUCGAUUCAAACCGUAUCUCCACAAUUGAACAAUAAUAAUUCACACAACGUCUUCAACGUAAAUAACUUGAACAAUUUGAAUUUUCCAAGUGAUACAAAUACCAUUGAGUUACUGUCGAGAUAUAACAGGAUGCCCAGGCCGUUCUCCGUAUUGCAAGCGUCCGAUUCAGCUGUCGGAAUACCGUACAGAAAACCGACUCCCUCACCAGCGAGUUUCAAUCGUCAACAGGUUGUCCGUUCUUCCGCCAAUAUUCUUCCGCUGAUUGUUCCAACGGAGACUCUUUUCGAUGCGCCUGCGGCACGUCGUUACGUCCCGAUAAAGUACGCUCAAUACCCCAAACCUGAGGGAGAUUCCACAACGAUCGUCAAUACCGAGACGAGUCCGGUGACGAGUCCCGCGGACGACAGAACCACUUUUAUAAAUUAUGGUGUGCCUUAUACAGACGUAAUCGGCGUCACGAAAAGUCCCGUCAGUGAUCAGCGAAGGACAUCGUCGGAUUAUCAUGCCACUACGGAAAAUCCGACGAAGCAGAUUAUUGCGAGAACGGAUUCUGCGAGAUCGAUUCAUGUUCCAAGUCAAACCUCGUUCGCUCUUCAGCAAGAGAAGGAUCCGCAAGUCGUUCGACAAAAUGAAUUUCUACCUAGGAUUACCGCCUAUGAUAAUCCCGCCGACGAAAAAGCGAAAUUAAACGCGAAUGCCGAACUCGCGUUGUAUAAUAAAUUCGCAAGCUUGUAUUCGGUACCUAAUGUACUUAAUGUGCCGAAGGCAGUCACGCAAAAUUAUCAAAACUUUAAGCAACCGGUGCAAUCGUUGCACCCGGUAACUUCGCAGUACGUUUCCACUCCUUCUUACGCAACUUUGAAACCUAUUUCUCCCCCGAUGCUGAAAAUCCGACCGAUUGCUCCCACUAAACCUGCACUCGCGCCAUAUUACGAUAGCGAAUUGUUCGUAUCGCAGAGAACAGAAGGAAAAGAACUUGAUGACGAUAAAAAAAAUACAGAAAAUGUCGAGGUAAAGGAGCCUAGUGCUUCAGACGUGGACGAGAGUACAGAGGCUGCUGAUAGUAAGAAUUUUGAAAAUCAUAAAGCUCAGAUCAAUCACGGAGCUUCCAAGAGUCACAAGACACUAAAUGAACAACGUAAGAAGAAGAAUCACGAAGAAGAAGAUACAGAGAAUCAUUAUCAACAACCGAAACUCACUUAUGACUAUCAGGAAAAAAAUAAAUAUUACGAGUAUGAUAAAAAUAGUAAAGAUGAUAAAAAUGAUGAUAAAGGCGAAAAAUACAAUGUUCGACAUGAAGAUAACAAAGAUGAAGAAGAGGAAGCCGACGAAGCGCAAGGAGAUGAAUAUGUCAAUAUCGAAAAAAGUGAAGACAAGCGUAAUCAUGGUCAUCAGUAUAAUAAACAUGAGUACGAUAAAGAUGAUUCUGAAGAAAGAGAACGUGAGAAACAACGUGACGAUCGUAAGAAACAUGAUAAAGAAAAGAAUCCUCGCGAUGAAACUGACGAUCAUGAGGCUGACGUUAAGCAUAAAUUUAUAAGUAUCAAUAAAUACUUUGACGGUCCACGAUAUAGCGAUUACGAAACUCGCGAAUCCAAUGAGAAAUAUCGCGAUCGGAAGAAACUGGCUCGUGAUAAGAAGGAUCGGGAUGAAGAUUCCGAAGAUGAGAGCUUCGCUGAAGAUCAGCUGGUUGCUCGACGCUCUAAAGACGACCGUGCUCGUAGACAGCGCGAAGAAUACGAGAAGAAACAAAAUAAGGAUAAAACGACGCAAAAGCGCAAGCAUCAUCAUCAUCAGAUUAUCCCCCGAAGAGAUUCGCACGAGCAAUAUAGCGAAACUAAUCCUAAGCACGUUCGCGAGGAAUAUCGACAGCCCCAAGGUGAUGCUCGUAGACACGAUAGUGAAAAUGCUAAUGAGAAGACACGUGAUCACGAACACGGCGAGACUCAGGAACACAGCGAGACUCAUAAACAUGAAGAGCAUCACGAAAAGAAAAAGGACGGGGGAAAUCACAAAUUUGAGGAGGGCGGAGGCUCGGAACAUAAAGAGGAACAUCACGGACACGAGGGAGACAAGGGGCACAAAGGUUAUAAAGUUUGGCACGAGCAUGAAAAGGCCGACAAGGGGCAUCACGACAAAGAACAUGCCAGCAAGGAGUACGAUGAGAAAGAUGGCGAGGAGAAGAAGCACGAGGAGGAGGGUGGGUUCCACAAAGAGCAUCAUCAGGGCGAAGCGGGCAAGAAGGCAGCAGAGUUUAGCGAAAAGGGUGAACACAAUAAAGGACACAGUACGCAUGGCGAGCACUCGGUGCACAAAAAGGACGAAUACGAGAAGAAGACAGAGUUCUUCGACGAAUUCCACGAGGAUGGUGGCAUGGAGAAGCAUGGCGAGCAUCAUCACGAACACGAGUCGAAGAAGGGCGGCCACGAGAAGAAGGGCCACCACGAUGCCGCCGAUCACGAGCAUAAAUACGGCAAGGAGGAGAAGCACGAGAAGGGGGGUCAUCAUCACGAGCAUAAAGGCCAUAAAGUCGACGAAGGCCAUGAUCAUCAUUACGAUCACGAUGAAAAGUACGGCAAGAAGGAGGGGCACGAACACGGGAAAAAGUGGAGCUUCAAGAAGGGCAAUAACGGUGGUGACGCUCAUAAUCGUUGAGGAGGAUCUUAAUAAUAAUGAACAGAUGGUGGUUUUGCAAUUAACAUGAUUGUGCUCGUGAUCUCUGAUAUUGCGGAACGGGUCAGUAUAUCGUGUGUCCGAAUUAUCGUUGAUAUCGAUCACGUUUCUAAUCGGCACGUUACACUUUAGAGAGGGAGACACGUCGCGUGCUAUCUCGUCGUUACCUAUAUUGAUCAUCUAAUAAUUGAGACACGGUAUAUUGUAUGCGACGCUUUUAGCUAUAUAUGGUUAUCUAUUUAGUUUCAAUUAAGCAGGAGCGAGAGAGAUUAUUGAAGAAAUGUCGCAGUAAGCUCUGACCGUAGCGAAAGUAACUGAUUGACCUUCGCGAAUUAAAUUUCUUAGAAACCUGGGAAACUCGUACAAAAUAUCGCGCAGAUAAAUGUUCAUUUUUCCAAUUUAUUUUCGUUCGAAUGUCU